AUGAACAUUAGAAAUGGGUUUCCCUCCAUCUACAGCGGGAGUGAGAACUACAUCCGCAUCUCCCGCAAGUACACCAUCACGUGGACCUGCACCUUCAACUUCUUCUACUAUCCUUUCAACACUGACUACUGUUACAUGGUAUUCCGGUUCAAGAGAAACACCAACACUUACGUGUCCCUGCAGAAGUACGGCCGUGGGAUCCUGUACCAGGAGAGCACCCUCACCGAGUACAGUGUUGGUCGCAUGCAUGUCGAGUCGUACAUCAGUCAGGAGCCGUACUCGGGGCUGAGAGUGGUCGUGCAACUCAAGCACUUGUACGCCUCACAGAUCCUCACCAUCUUCAUUCCAACAACCGUCAUCAACCUCAUCUCGUAUGCCACUUUCUUCUUCAAGUGGUACGACUUCAAUAACUGCGUGAUGGUUUCCCUGACAACUCUCCUGGUCCUCAUGACUCUCUUCUCCCAGGUCUCCGACUCUCUCCCAAAGACUUCGUACUUCAAGCUGGUUGAUAUCUGGUUCUUCACGUCCAUCCUAUUCACCUUCAUCAUCAUCGUGUGCCAUACAGUAGUCGAGUACCACCACAAGUACGACCACGAGAUGGAAGCCGAGGAGAGAGAGCGACUCUUCCUCCGGAUGAACUUCAUCAACGAAAAGGAGGAGGACAAGAGGAAACAGCAUGAGUCCCCGCCUGAACCUCGUCCAUUCCUCCUACAACUCAAUCAGUGUCUCCCGUGUCCUGUUCUACCCAAGGAUGAGGUUUCCCACGUGGACAAAAGGCGGAUGAAAUCGGCGACCCAGCAAGACCCCAACCUCCUCGCGAUGAAGCUCAGUCAGUGGUGCAAGUGGCUGACUCUCCUCUUCUAUAUUAUUCUGAAUGUUGCCUUUUGGUCCAUAGCCUUUGAAGAACAGAUUACAGAAGCUAUCAAUGAUGUACAAUUUUGGGAAUUUCAAGACUUCUUGGAGGAUAAUGACGCAGUUACCGGAUAUCCAUAA